CCUCUGCUCCAGUCUCCCGUCGUCUAUGGCCCCAUCAGUCUUCAGUCUCCCAUGGGCUGCCGACUGUACCGUGUGAGAGGUUUUCGCCACCGAUUUAACAUGAUUGUCUAAACAAUAAAUCAGCUUUAAUUUUAGUCGUAACUGUUUCUUAAGGAAGAGACCCAAGCAGGAUCAACGAUAAAAAGAUGAAGGUCGUUGCAUUGAUCAGCGGUGGCAAAGACUCUUGCUUCAAUAUGAUGCAGUGUGUGGCAGCUGGCCAUGAGAUCGUGGCUCUAGCUAAUUUGUAUCCUGUUGAAAAAGAUGAUCUGGAUUCGUUUAUGUUUCAAACAGUAGGACAUCAAGGUGUUAAGUACAUUGCUCAAGCUAUAGGCUUGCCUAUAUAUCGUUACCCAACGUUCGGUAAGGCCAACGUGCAAGAGAAAUAUUAUUAUCCUACGGAAAGCGAUGAAGUCGAGGAUCUUUUUAAGCUUUUGAGUACAGUAAAGGAACGUGAAAAUAUAGAGGCUGUGUCAAGCGGUGCUAUUCUUAGUGAUUAUCAACGAAUUCGUGUGGAAAAUGUAUGCAAUCGUUUAGGUCUUAUUUCCUUGUCGUACUUGUGGAGACGGGACCAGAAUGAGCUAUUAGAUGAAAUGAUACAGAGCUCUGUUAAUGCAAUAUUGAUCAAAGUUGCGGCCUUAGGCCUUGAAAUUAAACAUUUGGGCAAAUCUAUAUGUGAAAUGCAACCUCACCUUGUUAAGAUAAAAGAAAAAUAUGGAGUUAACAUGUGUGGAGAAGGAGGAGAAUAUGAAACUUUUACCUUAGAUUGCCCCUUGUUUGCCAAAAGUAUCGUAAUCGAGGAGUAUGAGAGCGUUGUGAACUCGAGGGACGACAUAGCGCCUGUAGGAUAUCUCAGAUUUACAAAGAUCCACUUACAGGAGAAGGACAAUGGAGAAUUGGAGAAGUUAAGUCUAUCGGAAAGACUAAAAAAUGUUUUGAUAAAAUCGCCACAGGAUUACAUUGCAGAAAUUAUCGGGCCUGAGCUACACGAUGGUUGCAAUUUAUCAGAAGAUGAAAAUGACGAGCAUGCGUGUGAAAGCAAUAGUUUGAAAGCAUCGAACUCAGGCCAGUUUCAUCCUCCAAGCCCAAUGGAGAUUUUGUACGAAGAGGAAGAUUGUCCAGACGCGCCGGUCGUCAAUAAAAAUCAAACAGGAUGGUUCUGGUUCGGAGGUAUUGUAGGGAAACAUCCGGACGUAACACCCGCUGUGGAAGAAGCACUGGAAAAACUAAGCACUCUGCUUCAAAACGAAAAUUUGUGCCCAUCUGACAUAGUCGCGGUAACGUUGUACGUAAAAGAUAUGUCGAAUUACAAGGCUAUAAAUGAAGUAUACGUUUCCUGGUUGGGUAAAAGAAAUCCGCCAGUUCGUGUGUGUGUAGAAUGUCCUUUGAACGUACAUUUCGCACUCGACGCGAUAGCAUAUAAGGAAAUCCAAGAGAGCGGCGAUAAAUUGGUCUGUAAGCGGCACACGAUGCAUGUUCAAAGCAUAAGUCAUUGGGCACCCGCCAAUAUUGGCCCUUACUCUCAAGCUGUUCGUGUAGGUGAUGUUAUUUUAGUUGCUGGGCAAAUACCUUUGGUGCCUGGCAAUAUGAAUCUUCUAGAUAUGAAUAUUAAACGGCAGUGCCGUUUAACGUUGAGGCACAUAGAUCGCAUCGUUAAGGCUAUGGAUGCAAAACUUCGAGAUAUAGUACAAGGCAUCUGUUUCCUGACCCAUUCUAGUUACAUAGCAGAUGCGAGGAAAGAAUGGGAAAGGAGGACGAGAAAUGCUAUCGUAGAUUACGUUGUUAUACCAAAUUUGCCACGUGGUGCUCAGGUCGAGUGGUGUGUUUGGGCUCAUAGGGAUAAUAAUCGAUUCGAAUACGAGGAAACAGGAAAAUGUGUGGCUAAUUUUAGGAUAGCCAUCAGACGUAGGUGGAAUUACGAAAAUAAUGUUUCGGCGAUUGUAUGUUACAUGUCUACCGGUUCAUCUAAUUCAACUGGUAAUUUGACAACGGAGGCGAGUUUGCCAUCCACUGAAUGGAAUGCAAAUGAAUUAUCGGAGGCUUUUGAUUAUCUAUUGUGUAAACUCAGGAAAGGCUCGCAAAGUGUAAAUCCAACGUGUAAUUUGCGAAUAUUUUACAAAGUCGGGAGCUUUCCGGGCCCAAACUUCCUUCAUAACGUCCUAUCGAAGUUUUCUACGCAGAAUUUAGUGAUCACCAUUAUACCGGCUACUCACUUACACAAUUUCAGUACUUUGUUAUCUAUAUAUGGUAUUAGGCACGAGUGAAUACUCAAAAUGAUUUUUUACACUGUCAAUUAUUCAUCGGAAUUGGAGCGCACAUUUAGGAUAAAAAAAUUAAUGCUUGAAAAAAACAGUACGUAAGUAAGAGGGCUAUUUUGACAUCGAAAAAAACGUGUUUAAAGUUUUUCGCUUUAUUUUAUAGAAUACUCACGCACGGAGGCAACUAUAUUUUUACUAGCUCUGAAUUACAAUCACAAAAUUGUGUAAAUUUUUGUGUAUUUUUUUCGAAAAACUGCGAUAUAUUGCUUUAUGCGUCUUUUUGCAGUUAUCGCUUCAAUUUUUCGGCCGUUAUGAAGCCAACGCUACUCGAGGGAAAGAGGUUGCAGCGUUGCGACGGCGUUAAUCAUUAAGUUUUCCUACGUGUGCAAAUGAUUCUCGAUGUUAUUUUGCUUCACUGACGUUCGGUGGGCGUAUUUGAGUACUUCUCGCGUUUCAUGCGAGAGACACGGCUGUUCGCUCGACAUUUACUCUGACGAUGUAGUUACAUCGCUGUUUCUUCUAGCUGCACUUUUAUGCAUCUUCUCGCAAGCCCUUCGAAGCCUGAAAAUACAGCCUGCUCCUUUUUGAAUAGAAACAGCAGCGAAGUGCAGCUGAAAGGAAACAGACGCUAUAUUAUCUUGUAUACCGAGUACUACUAGUCAAUGACGGGUCAAGUGCAAUUCUGAGCUGUGAGCCCGUCCCCGUUUAGCGCAUAAGUGCUCUUUAACAACGCGAUUACACGUUAGGUAUAAUAAUACUCGUACGACUUGUACUGCUGAUUAUGCUAUGACACGUUUCGUUUUCUUUUGCUCAAAGUACACCGUUACUUUAUGAUGUAAUCAUGUGCGGAAUGUUAAUUAACGUGUGUGAUGUUUCUCUAAACGAUAUUAAAUUGUGCACAGCCAUUUUAAAAUAACACUCGACAUUUACUCGAAUUCUAAACGAAGGAAAGGAAAAAGGGACGUUUGUUGUCGCGAGGAAGAUAUUACAGGGCACCACGUGGGUGUCUUCGGUAUGAUUUAUUAAUGGGACUGGAACGCAGAGCACAACGUGGAACGUAUUAUAUAUAUUCUUCUUCACAACGAUGUUCUUUGCUGUCACUAAUGCUGCCGAUAUUGCUACAUAAUUGUAUUACCGAUCGAUUGUCUGCGCCACGGGAACGGCAUCGCCCAGAAACCGGAAAGAGAAAUCGGCGAACUCGGUGUAAGAUACAGCAGUUCUGCAUUCUUCGCGCGUAUGCACUGUUUAGAAAUAUCUUGUACAGAUUGCAUUGCAAUACAAACUCUACUAAGAUUAUUCUGACGUAAUAUUAUACAAGGUUGAUGCAACGAUAUGCCAAAGUUUAUAUUUUGCAACUUGCUCAUUUUUUAAACAGUCGCAAUUACUAUCGUUAUUCUGUAUGUGUACAUAAUGCAACGUAAUCUAACACGAUCUUAUAUAAAAAUAUAUCGUAAUUGAUUUUUGACAGCGAGGAGAGAAAGAGCGCACUGUUCAAAAUGUGGAUACUAUGUAAUGAUAAGUAUGUAAAAACACAUGCAAAAAAAAGAUGUUUAUUCGCAUCUAACUCCCGCAACAGAACACUAAUCCGAGGAUUAUGUCGCAAAAGAAGAAUAAAGAGAAUGAUAUAUAUUUUUAAGAAAUCGCUA